AUGUCGUCAAAAACAAAGAAGAAGCCAACUGCCGCUUCUCCGGCUCCCGCUCCCGAGAAGAAGUUCAAGGUGCCCAAAGCAUUGAUCGCUCGGCCAAACUCAAACGGUAUCCUGACCAUUGUGCUUAAUGCCGAUUUGGCCGAUGGGCUUGAACUUCAAAAGGGAGCAUUUGCGGUUGUGAGCAAAAGCACCGGCUCUGGGUCGGUCGUUGCCUUGGUUGAAGUUUCAGAAGAUAUCGAGGCCUGUGAGGUCCUCAUAUCUAAACCAACCCGGGCCUUAUCUGGGAUACUUUUAGGUGACCGGUUGAGCAUAUCCAAACACAAGGCUCAGAUGAGCUACGCCGCCAAGGUCUAUGUCAAUGUUCAACAAUUACUUAGCAAAGACGGCGAGAUACAGGCUCCUUCUUCAGAUGCUUUGAAAAAGACAUUGCUUGGGGCGGGAAUCAUACAUGCUGGUCUCACAAUUACUACAAAUGACCAUAUGAUUCAAGUUGUUGAUAUCGAUUCACAAAGCAAGAACAACAUCUCCUCUGUUGCGUCGCAAUUGUCGCAGCUCUCUCUCUCUAGCGGCCCUGAGCCCUUGUUCGUCAGUCCACCUCACCUCUUCAUCGGCACUUCUGAAGUGGAGGUUGUAGAACACCCUCUAGAUAACGCAAAGUAUCCACGCGUGCCUCGCCCAGUUCGCUUUGAUCAAGUGGGUGGUCUUGAGAAGCCAAUUGCACUUCUAAGAUCCACCGUUGAAUUACCUCUUCAUCAUGCAUCCUUGUUCCUGGACUUUGGAAUAUCUCCUCCUCGAGGCAUUCUUUUGCAUGGCCCACCUGGAACAGGUAAAACAAUGCUUCUCCGAUGCGUAGCUCAUGAAUGUGAUGCCCAUGUCUUGACUGUAAAUGGGCCACUGAUUGUGUCCAAGUAUCUCGGUGAAACCGAACAAGUCCUUCGUGACAUGUUCGCCGAGGCAAUCAAAUACCAGCCAUCCAUCUUGUUUAUGGACGAAAUUGAUUCGUUGGCCCCCAAGAGAGGUCUGGACGAUUCUAUGGAGUCUGACUCUAGAGUAGUGGCUACCUUGUUGACCAUGAUGGAUGGAAUGGGUGAGUCGGGCCGUGUAGUAGUGGUAGGAGCAACUAACAGACCCAACUCCAUAGACCCGGCACUCCGGAGACCUGGAAGAUUUGAUCAAGAAGUGGAGGUUGGAAUUCCUGACGUUGAAGCCAGAAAGGACAUUCUUACCAAACAACUCAACAGAAUGAAUGCCUCCAAGUGUGCGCUCUCUCAAGAAGAUAUACGAGCGGUUGCUCUGAAAACACAUGGAUAUGUGGGUGCCGACUUAUCGGCUCUCUGUAGAGAAGCUGUGAUGAAGACCAUCGCGAGAGGUUUGUCUGGUGGUGCCGUUGGGUCCAGUAUAGCUGCAUUGGCUUCCUCUAGUGGCUUCUCUGAGCUCGAUAGUUCCAUCAAAGUUGAACUCGGCGAUCUUGAAGCUGCUCUAGUGGACGUCCGCCCCUCAGCGAUGAGAGAAAUCUUCUUGGAAAUGCCCAAGGUCUCAUGGAGUGACAUUGCGGGCCAACAUGACUUGAAGCAAAAGCUUAUCGAAGUGGUGCAGUUGCCUCUCGAAGCAGCGGAUUCGUUCAAAAAGUUCGGAAUCUCUGCUCCCAAGGGUGUAUUACUCUACGGUCCUCCAGGAUGUUCUAAGACUCUUACCGCAAAAGCACUCGCCUCGGAGUCUGGACUCAAUUUUCUUGCGGUGAAGGGUCCGGAAAUUCUUAACAAGUACGUCGGUGAGAGUGAGAGAACCAUUCGUGAGAUCUUCAGGAAGGCUCGGUCCGCUGCACCCUCAAUCAUUUUCUUUGAUGAGAUUGAUGCAAUUGCUUCUAGCCGUGAAGAGGCUCUGACCCUGGCUAGCCAGAAUGUUCUAACCUCGUUACUUAAUGAGAUUGAUGGUGUUGAAGAGCUCAAGGGUGUUGUUGUUGUCGCUGCCACGAAUCGUCCAUCAGAGUUAGAUGCUGCACUUUUACGUCCUGGCCGUUUGGAUAGGCACAUUUACGUUUCGCCCCCCGAUAAAGAGGCCAGAGAGGACCUUCUCAAAAAGAAGUGUGUCAAAUUUGAUGUCGAGGGUCUGGAAGAUUUGUUCGAGUACUUAGCUGAAGCCACAGAAGGCUGUUCGGGUGCCGAGGUCGCUCUUUUAUGUCAGGAAGCAGGUCUUGCAGCCAUAAAGGAGAACGCAAACGCUGAGAAAGUUUUGAAGAAACAUUUUGAGCAUGCUCUUGAAGGAAUUUCUCGUGGUAUUACGCCAGAGAUGAUUGAGUAUUAUGAGGAGUUCGCUCAUAGAAGUGGAUUGUCUAUGUAG